UUGUUAACAAGAAAUUGUGGAGUGGUUGAUAAACUAGUUUUAAUGACUCCAACCUAACUGUAUGUAAACUUCCGACUUCAACUGUAACUACAAUGGUUACUAAUUGAGAUAUUCUUAUAAGAUAUUCAAAAACGCACUCACACAUCUGAUUUAUCUUGUUGCAGGCACGUGGGAAUAAUGUGAUGGGAAUAAUGUGAUAACGUCAAAGAAAAAAGAAACCCACACACUGCUCUUGCUCAUCAUUUUUUAAAUCCAAGAUGACAUGAGAUAUUCUUCCUCCUGAAGAACCAGGUUGAUAUCUCAGCCUUUAGACUCAAGCUGCAGAACAUCGCUGAGAGUCAUUGCAACAGGAAGCUGCUUUUUCGCCUGCCCCAGGAAUGCAUCGUGCAGCGGUAGAUGAACAGUAGGGCUGUGAACACUGCUCUAUUAGGACAUUCAGUACUUUGUCUGCCAUAUGGAAUUGCAGAUGAUAUUAUCAUAUCAUAGAGAUAGAUAGAGGACAUCCUUGUAGCUGAGCCAUUAUUGCGUCUGUGAAAGCAUGGGCAGCGCCAUUAAGACAAUCUCCAAUUUCAAGAAGUACAUUUUCUUCUUCACGAUUGGCUGAUCCCUCCUGAUGACUCGGUUGGACAUGACUCCAACAAGGUCACCAGGAGGGAUCAGUCAAUGAAGUUGGAAGUCCCACGCAGUUGACUACAUUGAAGUGGUGGAUGCCCUCAAUGGCGAUGUCCUCAAUGGCCACUAGAGGUCUCUAUCAUUCUCUAUGGAUCAUAUACAUUCAGAAAUUCAUGUUUAAUUCAAUUUGGUUAUACUGUAGUACUCCGCGGCAGCCACGCAGCUUGUAUAAACCAAAUUUAGAAAAGUGUUUGAAAAUUCUCCAUGAAUUGCAAAACUGCCAGUGUCAACCAGAAUCGGAUAUGUUAUUCAAUUUUUUACCAACAGAGAGAAUACAAGAUCUGUUUAUAAAAGAGAUGUACUGUGGAUACAAUGCUUUGGGCCUGUAUGUGUGCUGGUCUAGGAUCAGUUUAGCUUAUAGAUAAAAGUGAAUAAGAUUAUAUGGACUGGCUUGAUCCUAGAUCAGCCAAGUGGAUUAUAAUGUAUAAUAACUAAUGUUUCCUCAGGUAUGUCCAGAACACUCUGCUCCUGAAGGAGAGAAAGUUUGACGUGUGCUUCUAUUUCCUCAUUGCCUGCGCCCCACCCACACACCUGUUCUUUCACCAUGGUUACCUGCACUUCCUGUGACCUUUAUGACCCCAACCCCCACAACCCCUCUUCCCAUUUGACCAAUAAGAUGAGUAGAAAAAAGAUGCUUCUCUUGCUCGGCUUGCAAAAUUAUUUUGCAUCCCCUGACCUGCAAGUUUAGUAAUAUAAUCUGACAUUCACUAUUUUUGAAUCAGGUAGUCAACAGAUGCAUCGCCAUAGAAUACUGAAAAUACAUGAAAAUAGACCAGAAAGAAACCAGGUCAUAAAAUAAUGGUACCAGUCCACUUUCAACAACUCUCUCUCUCUCUGGCCCAUUCAUGUGUAUCCUGAUCCCCUUGCUGUUUCCCCACAGUACAAGCAGAAGAAAAACCCUCUGUACAGUGUCCUGAAGGAGGAGGCCGACUUGUUCAUGGACUGAUUUAACACCUACAUCAAUGACAAGCUCAGGGUUGACAAGGGUCUGCCUAGGGAAUGGGUGCUGGGUACUAGGUUUGGCUGUUGAAGAUGAACUGUAACCCAGUCCACCACACCAACUGCAAGGUCCUGAAGGAAGUGAUUCCCAGUACUGUUGAGGACACUUCAGUGCGGUGCAGAAGCUGUGGGGAUGGGUGCAGAUGGAGGCAAAUGGUACAGUAUAGUUAGUGUGAGGAGUAGGGCCUGAGGGUGAAGGAAAGAGUUCUCUGUCUGUCUGGACUGGACUAGGCUGCAAGAGGAGAGGGCUACCUGGUCAUGGGAUGCUGUAGUGUGACUCAGAGAGGAGCGCAUUCUGGGAUUGACGAGGUGGGCCCUGACGAGAUCGAGCUUCUGGAGAUUGACAACUCAGGGAUGUGGACUCUAGGAGAGAGCAGGCUUCAGCUCUCUGUGAGGAAUGGAAAAGACGGUCCAACCUCUCGCUACCCUUCAGUGAGACACCUCGAUCAGGAGAUUGUGCUAUGGGGCAGGAGCAGAGAGGAGCUAUACCACAGCAUAUACAACCAGCCCAUCCGUGAUUGGGAGGGCCAGCCUGCACACAUGUAUGGAGAGAUAGUGCACUCCUCCCGUGUGUCUCUCCACAACAGCUACACACAGGAGACAAGUGAACACUAUCUGGUGCUGUUCUCCUUCCACUUAUUGAUUCUAUAUCUGGAUCCCUCUCGUCAAGACUUUAUCUACGAGGGCAUCCUGCCUCUUUCUGGACUGUCUUUCCAAGCCACCUCACUGGACUCCAACAAGCAACACAUAUUCCAGAUCAGUGGUCCAAUGGUAGACUCCAAAGUCUUCACCUGUGCCAGUGCAGCCGAGCUGAACAAAUGGAUACACCACAUGGAGGAGAGGAGAUACAAAUCCAUUAGCCAACCGCUAAGCCCCUCCAGCUGUGCGCUGUCUUACCUGGUACCCUGCGAUGAGAGCUGGAAGAAAGAGGAACUGAAAAAGUAUUUACUGAAAGCCCCAAUAAGGCACUGGGAAGGGGCCCCCAUCCAGCACAUGGGCCAGCCAGGAUACAUAUCCAUGGUCCACAUCUUCAAUACACAGGGACAGGGACUUCAUGAGCGGCUACUCGUGCUCUUCCCUCAAGAUGUCCUCCUGCUCUCUGUGGAUAACGAGCGCCUCAGUGUGAAAUAUGAGGGUAAAUUGUCUCGGAAAAGCAUCGCAGCCGUGGAGAGGUCUGCAUUACCUGGGAGGCUGGAAUUUGAGUUAACAGGUGAACUGAUGGAGCCGCUGCAGGUAUCCUGCACCUGUCCUGAAGACUAUCAGAACUGGAUCUUCCAGCUACAACAGCUGGAAAAAAAACUCCAAGCUACCUCAAACUACACGGCUCCACCCCUCAUGCCGAAAAAACUGUGGAGCAGGAAGGAGUCCCGGGAACCAAUGACAGUAGCACAAGACUGAGACUCACUGGCCAAUGGCCUCACUCAAUAGAAGACUCAUGCCUCUUUUCAUCAAUAGACACUGAAAUUGUGGAUAGCAUGUACUGUAUACAGUGUAUAUGCAUACAUUAUUCAGUCGGGUACAAUGAAAUUAAGAGAUUCUGGUGAAAUGUCUUAUGCUGUAGGUUACUGUCUGUAGAACUCUGCUUCACUAGUGACAUUAAUAGCAAUGGAUAGGCUAAAUUGGGAGUAUAUUUUUAGUGCACUGAUCUUACAAUAUUUUUUGUCAAAUCGCUGUUUAAACCAAAAUAGAAACUGUAGUGCUGUUCAUGACCUUUUCCAUAUUUUCUAUUAGGUUGUUCUUGAUACUGUAUGUACAAACUCAAUAAAAAACUGUUUUUUCAUCACUACCUUUCCC